CUUGGGCUCUUUUCUAGGGUGCUCUCCUAUUUCUGGAGACGUGCAGACGACAAAGAAGAAGAGGAGAGGUGGGCAGACUCAGGUGACAAAGAAUUAAAAAUGGUGCAAGGAGUAGUGACUAGAUUUUGCCACGAUUAUGGGAUGAUAGAUGACAUGAUCAUCUUCACCAUGGAUGCUGUUACAAAAAACAAGCCGCUGGCUGUUGGGCAGGAAGUUACUGCCACUGUUGAAGAGGAUAGAACAUCAGGUGGCUUGAAGGCCAUCAGGGUAGAUGCUGUCCAGAAUACGUGGGAAAGCUGCACUUCUACUUAUGAUGCUUCUGAACUAAAUAUGAAGAUACUAAUCGGCAGUAUUACCUCUCUCUCUAAGGAUGGUGGCUAUAUUAAUCAGAAUACUUUUUUUGCAAUGGAAAACGUCUGUGAAGGCUUCAAACCUUAUGAAGGUGACUGGGUGCAAGCCAAGUAUUUUAUUAACCCAACAACGUGGAACAGUGAAGCAGUUGAUGUAAAGCCUUUGAGAUACAAGCGAGUAGACAAGGUUCGGAUUUCCAGCAUCUGGGGAAGAAGUGGUACAGUAGAUGAGAGUAUGUUUUUCACUCUGGAUUCACUGCAACUUCCUGAUGGCUAUUCACCUUGUAGACAUGAUCUAGUGAACACGGUUGUGGUGGAGAGCCAUCGGUCCUGUUAUAUUUGGAGAGCUCUUUGCUUGGUGCCGGUCAGCCAGCAUGGACAAUCUCACUCUAACAGAGUCAAUUUGGAUGACCCCUAUGAAAUCCUAAGGAGAGACAAAGGAUUGGAAGUACCAAGAAUGACUGAUUUUGGAACACUGAAGCAGGGGGAAUGUAAAAGAAUGAUCAUUUGGAUAGAGAAUAAAGGAAGUAUUCCACAGUCCUUAAUCUGCUGCAGAUUAGCUGGAUGGGUGAAAGACAAGCAAUUCAGUUUUCAGAUUCCUCAAAACUGUGAGAACAGUCCAGAGGCCCAUCUCUCAUCUUUUCCAAUAAAUGAAGAAACCCUUUCAAAAGCUGCAAUUAAUUCAUAUAAUGUCAGUGGAGAAGCAACAUAUGAGUCAUCGAAUAAUGAAUCCGUUAUGAAGAAUGGAGUCAUUCCAGCUACAGGAGGAAUUAAUUCUCAGGAUACACAUUUAUCAAGUGCAAAAGAAAACUUCCCCAUGGUGAAAUGUGAAAAUCUACAUGAUGAAAACAGUGAGCAAAGAGAUGAUGUGGAACAGCCAGUAAAACAUGUUGAUAUUUCCAAAGAAGUUGUUGUACCACCAGGUGGAAAGAUACCCAUAGUGAUCAUAUGCACAGCUGUAAAUCCUGGGUACAGUAAAGAACUCCUGUUGCUUGGUUUUUCUGACGUUACUGUUGGACACUGUAUUGAAGCCACUGUAACAAAUGAAGAGGAAUUACUAAUAGCACCCGUGAAACCAUUUGCUCUGAGAAGGCCUAAAAAUAAUCCAGAACCUCAGCCAAGCAAGACAACAGUGAUCGCCCCUAAAUACAAAAGAACUUUCAGAAAGUUGCCAAGCUUCCUCCCACAUUAUACCAUACCAGAUGAGUUAAGAAAAUGUGUGGAGCAGAGGUUAGACAUACUGACCUUUCAGCCUCGCCUAGCAGAGCAUCUUAGUCUAGACAAUUAUAAACCCAACUUUUCUACUCUCUUGUGGCUUGAAGAGAUCCGUGCAGAAAUGGAAAUAAAAGACUUCAACAUGAGUGGGGUUACUCUGAAAAGGAACGGAAACUUCCUGGUGUUGGAAGUGCCAGGAGUGGAAGAGGGCAGACCUCACUUGGUAACAGGUGACAAGGUGAUACUGAAAAGUCAGGUUUACUCUGAGCAUGCAAUAGAGUAUGUUGGCUAUAUUACUGAGAUAUGUAAUGAAGAUGUUACUCUUGCACUUAAUGCAGACUUUGAACAGACUUACAACUUGGAACCUAUGGAUGUAGAAUUUGUUCAUAGCAGGCUUCCUAGCAGGAGAUGCCACUUGGCAGUUGAGCAAGCCGUCCACCUGGGUGAAAAAGUGUUGUUUCCAGAAAAGCUUGUGUUAAAAUCACCACAAGCUGUCAAGACCCAGAAUACUACUGAGUAUUGUGGCAUUGAUGACUUUCAGCAGUGUUCCCAGCAAGAAAGUAAGGUCAAAAAAAUGCAGAACAAACAGGCAAAAUGCAUGGCAUCAAGGGAGAUGGACAUAACAGACGUGACAAGAAUAGCUGCACAAGAAAACCAGUUUGUUGGUGAAACUGUGACACUUAAACAGAGGAGUGGUGAAUUUUUCAAUCCUUUGUUGAAUGAGCAACAGAAACUGGCAGUGAAAAGGAUCUUGAGUGGUGAAUGUCGUCCAAUACCUUACAUUCUCUUUGGACCACCAGGAACUGGGAAAACAGUAACAGUAAUUGAAGCUAUUUUACAGAUACAUCAUAAUCUACCAGAUAGUCGAAUUUUGGUUUGUGCACCAUCAAAUGCUGCAACAGAUCUGAUAUGCUUGCGUCUGCAUGAAAGCAAUAUGUUACAGCCAGGAGCUAUGGUCCGAGUUAAUGCUAGCUUCAGGUCAACAGAGCAAAUCGAUGACAAAGUGAAACCUUACUGCAAAGAUGGUGAAGAUAUUCAGAAAGCAUUGUUGUUCAGGAUAAUAAUUGUCACAUGCAGCAGUGCAGGAAUGUUUUAUCAAACAGGAGUAAGGCUUGGACACUUCACUCAUGUGAUUCUGGAUGAGGCAGGGCAAGCAAGUGAACCAGAGAGCUUGAUUCCUCUUGGAUUGAUUUCAGAAGCUAAUGGACAGGUAGUUCUUGUUGGAGAUCCAAAGCAGUUAGGGCCAGUAAUAAAAUCUCAAAUUGCACUGGCUUUUGGAUUAAAUAUAUCCUUGCUGGAAAGACUGACUUCAAGAGAGCUGUAUCUGAGAGAUGAGGAUGCUUUUAGUACCUGUGGAGCAUAUAAUCCUUUGUUGAUCACAAAACUUGUAAGGAACUACAGGUCACAUUCUGCAUUGCUUGCCUUGCCAUCUAAAUUGUUUUAUCAUAAGGAACUGCAAGUUUGUGCAGACAAUUCAGUAAUAAAUUCUCUGUUGCACUGGAACAAAUUGCCCCGAAAGGGAUUUCCAUUGAUUUUUCAUGGAAUAAGGGGCAAUGAAACACGUGAAGGUCGCAGUCCCUCGUGGUUUAAUGCAGCUGAAGCAGUUCAGGUAAUGCGGUACUGUUGCCAGCUUGCUACAAGUGAAAAUGCUGCAGUGUCAGUGGCUGAUAUUGGAGUGAUUACACCAUAUCAUAAACAGGUGGAAAAAAUUAGAUUUCUUCUGAGAAGUAUUGAUUUGGCAGACAUUAAAGUUGGCACAGUAGAAAUGUUUCAAGGGCAGGAGUAUGCAGUUAUCAUCUUAUCAACAGUGCGAUCUCAGGGAGGUCUACUUGGCGAUGACAGACGCUGUUUGGGGUUUCUCUCUAACCCUAAGAGAUUUAAUGUAGCAAUUACUAGAGCAAAAGCUUUGCUGAUCGUCGUGGGAAAUCCUCACGUUCUUGUGAAAGAUCCCUGUUUCUGUGCACUGUUAGAAUACAGUGUAACGAAUGGAGUUUAUGUGGGUUGUGACUUGCCUUCUGAGCUGCGACACUUGGAGCAGUGUGACUAAUUUUUCAGUGUUAAAGAUGUAUUCAGUCCUCAUCUGCAUUGAAGCUACAAAUACUUGACAGAAAUUCAGUCCUGAGCAAAUCCAGCACCUUUUGUACUUGGGAAAAGGCAUGUGUUCUGCCUCCUAAAACUGGACUGUGCCAAGUAUCUUGUAAUUAUUUUAUAAAUUCUUAUCAUAUGUGGCAUUUAUUUUUCUGGAAGAGCUCUUAGUUUAAAGGGCAAGUAAACAUUUUGAGGGGAAAAAAAUGGCUGGAGUUGAAACUCAGAAGAACAAUGCUUUAAAGUGCUUCUAGAGGAAUGCUUGCCUCACUGAUAUGGCUGCACAAACAAGCUUACACUGUCUUCAUAUUGAACACCAGGAAGAAGGAGCAUUUCUGUUCUUGCUUCUAUUGUAAUGCAUUUAAAACUAAUUUUGUGGUUUUCUAACCCUUUCACUUCACCCUGUGUGCUGCUGCCUAUUAAUAACUGAAAACCUGAACUGUGAUACGAAACAACAUUGUCAUCCUUCUCUUGCAAUGUUUCUCAUCUUUCUGCAUAUCCAGAUGCUACUAAAAACCUUGUUUGAAGAGAACUACCCAUUGGAAUCGUACAGCACUCGUAACUCAGAACAAUUUCUUCUGGCAGCUUGAUGGGCAGGCAGAGUUGGUUGUCCCAGAGGUGUUAGCUUCAAUAUGCUAGUCAUCUCUUUCAUGAGGACAUAUGGGCUGAUGAGCUAGAAUUAGGAAGAAGGGAGAAACCAGAUUGAGUUCUUGCUAUUGGUUAAAAUCAUCUUUCAUUUUUACAGUGACAGAAAUUUACAUAAAUUUCAUUUAGGAUAUGUGGGGGGUGGGGGGGAAGAGGAUCAGCUACUGAGUGCAAAAGUAGCAAUGGAGUCACAGGAGAGUCUCUUUAAGAGGCAGUCAAAUUAAGUUUUACUUUGCAUGAAAACCAUGUUGCAGUUACCUAGUUCUGUUUUUCUGUUUUCAGGAAUUAAAAUAAGAAAUACAUCAA